AUGGAAAACAAUAUGGAUAAUGAUUGCCCGAGAUACCGACCAUUUGCCUCAUCCACAACAGCACAGCGUAUUGUCAAAGUAAAGAAGGCCAAAUACUCUACCUCGUUGGAUCCCAGAGGCUACAUUCCAGUGUAUGAGUAUCUCAUCAAUGGACAGCCCAUUAUGUGGGAUAGAGAAUCAGGUUAUGUACAUUUUACCGGUAUAUGGAAGUCAUUAGGUAACUCUAAAGCCGAUAUUGUCAAGAUGGUAGACUCGAAUCCCGAGCUCAAAGUCAAGAAAAUUCGAGGAGGCUUCCUCAAGAUACAAGGAACAUGGAUCCCGUAUGAAUAUGCCUACUUGCUUUGUAAACGAACCGCCUGGAUGAUCCGUAGAGAUCUUGUGGCCAUGUUUGGACCACGCUUUCUUAAUGACGCACUUGAUCCCUCUCAUCCUGAAUACGGCUGUCUCUUGUUGGAUCCGAAAUGCAAUCAAAAAGGCAUGAAUAAUCGACAAACAACCAUGCGCCAUGUGAAUCAUCAUCCUUACAAACGGUCAGACUUUAUGCGCCGAAAUUCACUGGAUAAACUCAUCAAGAAGAAUGACAAGAUUGUAUCCAGCAUGUCUCUCUCGAGAUUACUGAAUACAAGCGCUGCAGAUACAAAGCAUGGGCAGCAAAGCAACGAUGCUGCCUUUUCGGAAUCACCAAAUACAACGCCCUCGCCCACAUUUCGCGUAGUGCCCCUUCCAUUAGCAUCCAGAGUGGAAAAAGAGACACAUUUAUUACCUCCCAUACUCACAAACAAACCCGACAGAAGAUCAUCAGAACCUCGCAUUACACCCAUCUACAGCCCCUCGUCACCAUCUACCUCUAGUACAUGGCCAUCACCCAGCUCUCCAUCUGCAUUGUCCAGCUCACAUUCGUCUUCUGAUCUGAUGCUACCUCCGCCAACACACACUUACUCAAAGGACAUUAUCGAUACCAUCAAUGCGACUAUUCUGUUGCAGCGAUUAUCACAGGAUGACGGCGCACGACCCUUCAAGCCCAUGCAUCUAGACUCCAUUCCAAGUAAGGUCAUUGUUGGAAAUCAAGAAUACAGGAUUUGUUGGGAUGAUUGA